GAUAGAUAGAUAGAUAGAUAGAUAGAUAGAUAGAUAGAUAAAAAGAAAGAGAGAAGUUUCUAACGAUACGAAAUCGGUCGACGUGAUGCAACUUUUGACGAGAGCGUAACAUCGUCUGAUAGAACGAUGAAUUCUUAUCGUUUAAAGGAGGGAGACGCGGUGAGGAUUGAGGAAGAAAGGCACUCACGCGCGUCAUCCAAUUCUUGUCGCGUGUGGAUCAAACGAUAUCGUCCGAAGAAAAACUUGAGGUCUUAGUUUCUCGCACGUUCUUUUUAAGUGUUGGUGAAUGGUAGUGAAUGGUGGUGAUGGUGUUGUUGUUGAUGGUGAUGGUGGUAAUGGUAUUGGUCGUGGUAGUGAUGGUCGACGGUGAUGAUGGUGGUUGUACUCUGAGCGGUAAAAUGGUGGUUCCGUUGAUGCCGAACAAAAAUGGAUUUUACGGCUAACGCACGAGUACAAAGAGCUAUGCCCAACCAACCCAGGCACAGGCAUUCCAAAUAAAUACACAUUCUCCUUAAACGUAUUGCCGUCGAUAUGGUAGGAAGCAGCACCAAAUCCGAAUCGACGUUGCUGACCAGCGCUACUCGAGAGGAUGCCGGCGUUGAGGUCGAGGUCGGCAUUUGCAGAAGCUCAUCCUAUACGAUACUUCCUGUUGAGAGCUGUCUACAUCGUAACAUAACCGAUGAGGCCGUACGAAAUUCGAUCGAUCGUCUCGCAGGAUCGAUCAUUGGCAAUCACAUCGAAGAACUCGACGAACUCGAUAAUCCGAGAAUCGAUCGUGCCGAUCUCCUGUCGAAACGUUUCUCCAAACUUGCAGGUGCUUUUAGGUCUCACCUAUCAGGCAAAACUACCGGACACCAUGGAAGUUGGCUGAUAGAAACUCGCAGACGAUGCUUGAAGAUGUGCAAUUGGUUUCCGAAAAUGUGUUCCUGUCUCGAUGGCGGGUCCACAAUAACCGGUGGACGAUCCGCUGCACGUGCUGGAAGUUACGAACGACUUGGUUCAGCACCUACGAUUUUCGAAAUCAGCAGCAUGAUGCAGAGAGCUCGAAGAAGAAUAGGCCAUCGCGAGGAGGAUAUCUUAGACAGUGAGAGACAGGAAGAGCUACGAUUCUAUAACGACGACCAAACGUGGACCGCCGUGGUUGUCGAAAAGAAUCUACGUACUAUCGAUCUCUGUGAACUUCUUAAAGUCAAAAGAAACGUCUCUGGAAUCGCUUGGUCCGUCGUGGAAACCUGGCCGGAACUAGGAUUUGAACGUACACUAGAGGACCACGAGGAUAUAUUAGCGGUUCAUAGAGAAAUGGAAAUGUUUGCGCCGCAUCACGAGAGAAAAUUUUACUUUCGUCAGGACUUUCUUAAAUACGAGUUCUUCAUUAAUCCAAAGCAAUUCUUCCCAACGGACAUGGUCGCAUUCCCGCACGACGAAGACAGGGGGACCUUCUGCGAAGUGGAAAGUGCCUUAAGGAAUUACCUGUCGCGCGAAGAUGGCGAAUGCCCGCAGGUGUUCAGUUCGGUUUGGAUGAGGGACGAGCUCUCGAACACUUGGAGAAAAACUUAUAUGCUGUUACGAGAACGGAAACUCUACACGACGAAGAAGAUUAGCGGAACGUUCCCGAAACGUCCAUCGGAAAACGACCAGCUAAACCCCCUCGCUCAUCUGUCGGACUAUCACAUAUACAGAAUUCCAAACGCAAGGAGGUGUUUUAACGCGCCCUUCGAGUGGGGCGCCUGUCUGAGGCCAAGAAGCAACGCUGAGGCCGAAGACACGGAGGGUGGGGAGCACGGGCUCAAGGUCAUCGCCUUCCACAGCGAAAAGGCACGGGCUUGUUGGCUUACAGCCAUGAGGCUCGCAAAGUACGGCAAACAGCUCAGGGAGAACUACAGAGCAUUCAAAAAUAAGCAGUGCGAACAGUCGUCCGGUGGUAGCCCAAAGGAACAGUACAGCAGUUACAACGUCACCAACGAAUCGGUACGAUCCCGUGUUGCGAUGGACUUUACCGGUAGCGUCGGAAGGAUAGUAGAAGAUCCAAAAGAAGCAAAGGACAUAGCCGAGAGCGAAGGUAUAAUCUGGCGACGAAGAUGGAGGCCGUUUUCGCGUACACCAUCUGGUUGUGCGAUGGUCAGGCUCCAUGGUCUCGAUGGUGGUAUUCACGUUCUCCAACCUUGGUUUCAUGGUGGCCUCAAGAGGGAGAUCGCGGCUGCCAUUAUCAGGGAUCAUGGUUCGGUCGACGGAGUCUUCCUGGUUAGAGAGAGCAAAAGCAAUCCGGGGGCCUACGUUUUGACUUACAAGUACAGCGACAAGGUCUUUCACGCUCAGAUCCAACCGGUAUUCGAUGAGAGACGCAACUGUUGGCUCUAUACUCUCGACAAGGGCGCAACAAAGUUUUACGAUCUUCUCCAGCUGAUCGAGUUCUAUCAACUGAACGCGGGCUCUUUGCCGACUCGUCUGACCCAUUACGUACAAAAUGGCGUGCCUGCGCCGAUUCCGAGGCCCGAGGACGGCGGUGCUUCACCGUCGCCGCCUGAAGCCAAUCAAAGAUUCAGUGGCAAGCCAGAUCCGUCGGGCAUUUGAGUAUAGGAGAACCAGCGACCCGGUGCCGCUAAUGUCGAACGUGUUUCAAGCAGCAGAAUCGUUACCGUUCGUUCUAACGCCGACGACAAUGAUAACAACGACAAUGAGAACCUUCUCGUUAAUAACAAUAACAACAUUAGAAAUAACAAUAACAACAGUAUCGAUGUCAACGUCCUAUCGCAUGAACCAAGACGUAGCACGACCAUACAAAAUGGCGCUGCUGCUACUACCACUAUCGUUGCUGUCGUCGACGUGGUCGAGAAUCAUCGGCUCGAACGACGUCAACGUUACAACGUUAACGACGAGAACGUAUACAAAUUGAACGGUAACUUUCGACAACAACAACAACAACAACAACAACAACAACAACAACAACAACAACAACGUUCGACUCCGCGAUCGGGUUGCUGGAACCUCUGCCUUUGCAGCUACAAGUGGGACUUGUAGCUUCUCUUCCCAACAAAGUAAACUUUACAGAAUCUUAAAGACCUCGUCCGUUUUUUUGCUCUCAUCCAGAGACGAUGCGUCCUUUCGACGCCCUCUCUCUCAUUAAAGAAGAUGAAGAUGAAGAAGAAGAUGAAGAAGAAGAAGAAGAAGAUGAUGAAGAUGAAGAAGAAGAAAAGAGGCAUUUUUAAGAGGCUCUAUACUAACUUUCUCAAUCGAGUUUGCCGUUGCUAAUGCUGCUGCUGCUGCUGCUGUUGCUGCUGCUGCUGCUGAUGAUGAUGAUGAUUAUGAUGAUGAUAAUGAUUAUGAUGAUUAUGAUGAUGAUGAUGAUGAUGAUGAUGAUGAUGAUGAUGAUGAUGAUAAUGGGUAGGACGUGUCGUCGUCGUCAUCGUCUUUGGGGAAAGCGAAUUUUAGCCGUGUUAACGGACGUGAUAACUCGAUGUUAUUAUUAUAUCGAUCUUUCGACCCUCCGUCGAUUAAGAAGGAUCAAAGCAGGGAAAUAAUCGUCGAAUAUAGUUUCGUCUUUUUAACAAGACGAAGAUGGAGAGAGACAAAUAUAUAUAUAUAUAUAUGUACAUAUGUAUAUGUAUGUAUGUAUAUAUAUAAUACGUUCGUACGGAAGACGAACAAGAUUUCCUUUGUUUUUUUUUUUUUUUUAUAUAUAUAUCCCUUCCGAUAUAUGGGUUAUUUUCUUUUUUUAAUUGUCGUCGUUUUGUCGUCUCUGUUAUUUUUUUUUUUUCUACGGCUUCUCUUCGUUUCCGACCAAUGAGUUGCUGCUUCAUAGAGAAUGAAGGGAGAAGAGAGAAGAGAGAAGAGAGAAAAGAGAAGAAAAUCCAUCGCAUAUUCUUCUCGUGUAAAGGAGCAUUUACUGUUAAUCGAAAAUGAAGAUGAAGGAGAAGAAGAAGAAGAAAAGAAGAAGAAGAAGAAGAAGAAGAAGAAGAAGAAGCAUCAUUGUAUAUGUAUAUUCAAGUGAAUUUCUACAAUAACGUAGAACGACGAUACGCGAUCUCUUGAUUUUCCACGAGAUUUACCGUUUUAUGAUCUAAUUGAAUUUCUUUUCUUUUCUCUCGUCGUUAAAUAUUUAUAUAUACAUACACAAAUACAUAUAUAUACACACACAUACACAUACACAUAUACAUACACAUACACAUACACUAUCGUUUUUCUAUCGAAUGAUUGAUUCUGCUCGUACGACAUUUCUUCAAUAAGCGUCGAAAAUUUUUCACGCGGAAAUUUAAUAAUGCGAUUUUAUUUCAAUGGCCCUUGUGUGCAAGAAACGUUUCAAUCCUCCGUCUGUGUUUAUGUUGUAUUUACGUCCGGGGGCAUUUUUUAUGGGAAAAAGAAAGAAAAAAAAAGAAGGAAAAGGAAAAGGAAAAGAAAAGAAAAGAAUGGAAAGAGAUAUUAUUAAGAGCAGUAGUAGUAUGUAAUAAUGGCGACGACAGCAAUAUUUGUUUUAAGAAAAACCCGUUUAAGAAAGUGAGAAGAAUGAAAAGAAUGAGAAGAUACGAAUACGUGCGACACAAGUACUGUUAAUUAAUAACAUGGGACUCUAUAAGACAAUUUACAGAUUUAUACUGUUACAUGGAAAUACAUACACGUAUGCAUAAACACACACACGUACACACACACACACAUAGCACAGAAAGAAACAGGGUACAACAUACAUAUAUCAUACACACACAUACACGCACGCGCGAACACAUACGGCGUGUCCGUCGAUUUCGUUCUUCGAGACGAAAUAAAAUCGCUCGAGGAACGAACGAUCCAUAUUCGACGAUCGUGAUUGUUAUAUGCUUUUCGUUUAGCCAUUAAUAAGUAAUUGGAUAAUCGCCCAAAAAAAAUGAAACUAAACUGGAUAAUAUUAUUAAUGGUCCUUUCGUUAGGUCUCAUAUAAUUAUGAGGAAUAACGUUCUCAAUCGUUUGUUGUUAACUUUCAUUAUAUUUUUUAAUUCGAUUUUUUUUUCUUUUUUUUUUUUUUUUUUUUUUUUUUCAUUUUAUUUCAUCUUCAAGAAAUUUUCUUUAUGUAUAUAUAUAUAUUAUAGUUUCAAUCGAAAUCUCGCGCUUUGGUGUUACCGGCAAGCCUAUAAAAAAAAAAGAAAAGGAAAAAAAAAUAUCGAUCGAUCCAUCACGACAUUUAAAACAUUCUAUAUACCGUAUAUAAUAAUAAUAAUAAUAAUAAUAUAACGAUGGAACGUUUUUCUCGUGACCUCUACUGUUUAAUUUUUUCAUUUUGUAAUUCGCGACGAAUUUCUCCAUCCGCCUGAUGGGCGGAAAAGAAGUCAAAAAAGAAAUUAAAAACAAAGAAAAAUA